AGCCCUGGCCAGCGCGCAGCCUUCCCGGCGCCGGCAAGCAGGGUCUUGGGAAUUCUUACUUGCUUCGGUUCACUCUCCUUCACAAAAACCACUGGAUCUUACAUGCUUCUGUAACCCCCACUUCCACUCCAUGUCCCUAUGAUCCUGUGCCAGCAACAGGACAAGUUCUCUGGAUGUCAGCUGAGUUACUAAGGUAACUCUAUUGGUCAAAAGGCAAGCCUUGGUAGAACCCCAAGGUCCUUUGGAAGAAUCCAUCUCUCCUCUUUUUUUUUAAUUUUUGGUGUGUGUGUCUUCACUGAACAUUCAAAACUGUUUCUUCAAAGGGUUUUGCAAAAACUCAGACUGUUUUCUAAAGCAGAAACACUGGCGUCCACCGCGGAAGCAAUGGGCAGUGUGCGAACCAACCGCUACAGCAUUGUCUCUUCAGAAGAAGAUGGCAUGAAGUUGGCCACCAUGGCAGUGGCCAACGGCUUCGGGAACGGCAAGAGUAAAGUCCAUACGCGGCAACAGUGCAGGAGCCGCUUUGUGAAGAAAGAUGGGCACUGCAAUGUCCAGUUCAUUAAUGUGGGUGAGAAGGGACAGAGGUACCUGGCAGACAUCUUUACCACCUGUGUUGACAUUCGUUGGCGAUGGAUGCUGGUUAUCUUCUGCCUGGCAUUUGUGCUCUCCUGGCUGUUCUUUGGCUGUGUGUUUUGGUUGAUAGCUCUGCUCCAUGGGGAUCUGGAUGCUUCUAAAGAGAGCAAAGCUUGUGUGUCUGAGGUCAACAGCUUCACAGCUGCCUUCCUCUUCUCCAUUGAGACCCAGACAACCAUAGGCUAUGGUUUCAGGUGUGUUACAGAUGAGUGCCCAAUUGCUGUUUUCAUGGUGGUAUUCCAGUCAAUCGUAGGCUGCAUCAUCGACGCCUUCAUCAUUGGCGCAGUCAUGGCAAAGAUGGCAAAACCAAAGAAGAGAAAUGAGACUCUUGUUUUCAGUCACAAUGCUGUGAUUGCCAUGAGGGACGGCAAACUGUGCUUAAUGUGGAGGGUGGGCAAUCUUCGCAAAAGCCACCUUGUGGAAGCUCAUGUCCGGGCACAGCUACUCAAAUCCAGAAUCACUUCAGAAGGGGAAUAUAUUCCCUUGGACCAGAUAGACAUCAAUGUUGGUUUUGAUAGUGGAAUUGACCGUAUAUUUCUGGUGUCCCCUAUCACUAUUGUCCAUGAAAUAGAUGAAGACAGCCCUUUAUAUGACUUGAGUAAGCAGGACAUUGACAAUGCAGACUUUGAAAUUGUUGUCAUACUGGAAGGCAUGGUGGAAGCCACUGCCAUGACGACACAAUGCCGGAGUUCAUAUCUGGCCAAUGAAAUUCUCUGGGGUCACCGCUACGAGCCAGUGCUCUUUGAAGAGAAACACUAUUACAAAGUGGACUAUUCAAGAUUCCAUAAGACUUACGAGGUACCUAACACUCCCCUUUGUAGUGCCAGAGACUUAGCAGAGAAGAAAUACAUCCUCUCAAAUGCGAAUUCAUUUUGCUAUGAAAAUGAAGUUGCCCUCACAAGCAAAGAGGAAGAGGACAGUGAAAAUGGAGUCCCAGAAAGCACAAGUACAGACUCACCUCCUGGCAUAGAUCUUCAUAACCAAGCAAGCGUACCUCUAGAGCCCAGGCCGUUAAGGAGAGAAUCGGAGAUAUGACUGACUGAUUGCGUCUUUGGAAUAUUUAUGUCGCUGCACAGACUGUUGUUGGUCAGAGAUCCGAGACAGUUAUACAGACCAUGGUACUGGUCAAGAGGUGGGUGAAGGUGAGCAGCCACAAGAGACUAAGGCUAGCACGAAGGUUUCAAGAAAAGACUGUAAGCUGGAUGACUGAUGUAAAGUGCUUUGCAGGCCUCCGAGUGACCCGAUGGCACAUAUCUGUUGUAGAAUGAGUUGUGGGAUUUUAAAUGUAUUGUUUUGUGUUUUUACAAAACUUGAAUAUGCAGGCAAGCCUCAGUUUUGGUAUUUAGCUUACCUGGAAUGCUUCUCUUUAGGGGAACAAGGAUGAUUUUAAUGGCAUAACACAGGCAAGACUCUGCCUUAAUUUUUUGAAAAGCUGCUAACUACAUGAACACAAACUGUAUUUUUGUUGCAGUGUGGUUUAUCUUUUACAUAAUUUUAAAAAGUCAGUGUUGAACAUUGUUGAAGGCGCACAGUGUGCUUCAAAGUGUCAAGUAUUUGGCUAUUAACUGCCAAAAUGAGAGCCUGAUUUUCUGAGGCCAGUAAUUUGUUUGCUAAAAUUGAUCUCUCUGAUCUCCAAUCUCUCUCUCUCUCUCUCUCUCUCUCUCUCUCUCUCUCUCUCUCUCUCUCUCUCUCUCUCUCUCUGUCUCUCUCUCUCCCCACUAUCUCGUUACGUAAGGGCAUUAUGUAACACUAGCCAAAUGGUAGCCUCUGGGUUUUAUACUUUUCCUUUCCACGACACUAAUAGGUUAUCUCAAAUUUUCAGUUAGACUACCUAAAAUAAAUACCAAAGAUAAUGCACAUUUUUUUGCACAGUGGAGUUUAUAUUAAAAAGGAAAAAAAAAAGCCCCAUGGGUUGCCUGGGAAAUCCAGAGACUAACUUUGAACCUCAACAAGAUGUUGAACAGCCUGUUCGUUCUGCACCUUAGUCUGAAAAAGAGCAUUAAAGUCGAUAAAUGUAUGUUUUCAAUUUUGUUCUUCUGUGCAUCCUUCUUAUUUGAAGAGAAAGGGAAAAAGAACAUGGGUCACACCUACAUGCACACUGUACUAACGUCUUUCUUUCCCUGAUAGAUAGUGUUGAUCAGGCUAAUGUAUUCAAAGGAGAGAGAGAGUGAUACUCAGACAUUUCUGAGCUUUCCUCUUUCUGCACAUUCCAAAGCUUAUUCCAUAAGAUCAGAUCUUGCUUGAACUUUGUGGUAACCUGGCAUCCUCUAAACAGAGACAUCCAGCAUGGAAGAUAGAUAGAUUUCAAAUUUUGCAGCUGAAUCAUGGCCUUGACUGUCAGAGUAUUUCUAGCUUGGUGUCAUAUUAGGAAAGAUAUCUGGCCUCUAGGCUUGUCCUUCUGAGGCAUCUGCAGAGAAUCAAAAUGGACUAAAUAUGACAAAGCAGGGGGUUUCUCUCUCUCUCUCUCUCUCUCUCUCUCUCUCUCUCUCUC